GAAGCAGCCGGCGUCGACAACGGAGCUCCGGCGGGUACUGGCCGUCGUCUGCUAUCUUCUGCAUGCAUGCGAGAGCUGAGGUGAUCUCACCAACAUGGCGAUGUUUCUCUCUGCAAUUUUGAGCGACCUCACCAGCAGAUCCGUAUCUUUCCUGAUGGAAAGAUAUCGGGAAAGAUGCUCGACGCCGACGGUGGAGGAGAGGCUACAGAGGCUGCUGCUCCGGGUUCGCGUCGUCGUCGAGGAGGCGGCGGAGCGGCGCAUCACAAGUCAGGCGAUGCUGCAUCGACUGGACAUGAUGAGAAAGGAGAUGUACAGAGGCUACUACACCCUUUACACCCUGAGAUGCCGAGCCAACGAAGAAGACAAGCAUCAAGUGAGCCAAUCUUUUGCACCAUCCCAGCUCAAUUCUGCCAAGCGCGUCCGUCUCUUUCGCAGCACUAGUUCGGAUGAACGAGAACAUCUCCAGCAAGUUGUUGGCUGCCUCGAGGCCGCCACUGAAGAUGCGAGUGAGCUUGCUGUGCUCCUUAGCGGAUGCCCUCGGCUGUACCGCCAGCCGUACAGCAUGUACUUGAUCUUGGACAAGUGCAUGUUCGGUCGCCAGAUCGAGAUGGAGCACGUCGUCAGGUUCCUGUUACAGGCAGAGGCUCCAGGUGAUGAAAAUAAUCCUGAUGUCUUGCCCAUCAUUGGCCCCAGAAAAGUUGGAAAGAGCACCCUCGUCGAGCACGCCUGCAACGACGAGAGGGUGCGCCAUCACUUCUCUCAAAUUGUGUUCUUGAAUCUUAGAAAUGAAAACAUGGCGACUCCUGGAGAUGCUGUGAUCAAGUAUGAGAACCCUGCCUCACAUGGAGAAAGGGUAUUGGUCAUUGUUGAACUGGAUGGGGAUAGGUUUUCAAGAAGAUUGGCCAAUGAAAAUAUCGACGAGGGAUUGUGGCGAAGACUGCAUUCGCCUUACAUACGUGCGAUUCCGCGUGGCAGUAAAAUCAUAGUCACCAGCCGAUCGGACAAGAUCGCGAGUUAUGGAACCACAUCGCCGCUGAGAUUACAGUUUUUUGACCGGGAGGCGUUCUGGUACUUCUUCAAGGUGCGCUUGUUUGGGAGCACGGACGCGGCCGAGCACCCGAAGCUGGCAUCGAUAGCAAUGGAGAUGGCAAUGGAGUUGAACGGGUGUUUCCUGACGGCAAACAUUUACAGUGAAUUGCUAAGAUCAAAUGUCGACGCUCGGUUCUGGAGCUCGGCCCUUAUAAUCAUAAGAGAAUUGAAGCAGAAGAACCUGUUUGGUGGUGCACACCAAGUUGCUGAUUUCUGGGAGGUGCCUGAACCUGUGUAUGUGCCUAGAAUGAAUAAAUCAUCUGAAGAUUUUGUAGUUCUUGAUGACUAUGAAACAAGCUCUGCUGACCACAGUGCCGUUACGACUACGACCACGACGGUGCAAGAGGUCUUGCUGGGAACCGCUAGACCUCAAGGGAAAUUUGAUGUUCUAGCGUGGAGAUCUCCCAUACCACCUCAUUUCAGCUACUUUUUGGGCUGCGAGAUACGCAGGCCUCAUGUGAAAUUAUGA